AUGGCAGAUUAACUACUAUAAAAUGAAAAAAUUAAAGAAAUUAGUACACAUUUCCAAUAAAAGUUAAGGGAAAACAUUUAACAUUUAUAGAAGAUAUUCCAUGUAUCAUCAGAGGAAUGUUCAUCACUUAAGGAAUAACUGUUAGCAAUGAAAUAUUAUAUAGAUUAAAGGUAUACAAAAUAUCAUUCAAAAGAUGUCAGGAAUAUUCAUAGUUAAUAAUGGAUAUAAAUGCAAAGGGUGAGAGUAGAGAACUCUUGAAAAAGUUAGCAGAUUUAAUAACAAUAAGUGAAUUAUUAAAUGAAGGUAAAGUAAUUGUAAUAUUGAAUUAGACAUUACAUAUUAUAAAGAUACUAUUUCUGCUUAAGAUUAGAGAAUAUUAUUAUUGGAAUCUUAAUUAUCAUUUGAGAGACAAUUAGUUUAGCAACUUCAAAAAGACAAUAAAGAAAUCUAUGAUAAAAUGAAACAAGAAGCAUUAAUAGAAAGAAAGGAUUUAGAAGUAGCUCUUGAAGUUGUAAAAGGAUAAUUUUAAAAACUUGAAGAUGAUUUCUAUUAAUAAGUUUUUAAUAUGGAGAAUACUAUUAAAUAGUUAAAUGUAAAAAUAGUUGAUUUAGAAAAUGGGAGAGCAAGUUUAAUAAAAACAAUACAUUAAAAGGAAGAUAUACUAAAAAAAUAGACAAUUCAUUAUGAUACAAAAUUGACAGAUUAAAAAGUCUAUUGGUAAAAUAAAUUAAAUGAAAAAACUAAUGAAUUAGAAUAGACUAUUAAAGAUAAUAUUUAGUCAUGGGAAAUUAAAUGUAAAUGUAUUUAAAAUGAUUUUGAUAUUUAUAAAAAGAAUAUUUAAGAGUAAAUAGAAUAGUUAACUUAAUUAUCAAAUUUAAAAGACAAAGAUUAUGAAAGAUUGAAAGAGAAUUUUGAUAAAUUGUAAGAAGAUUAUAAAUUAAAGGAAACAUAUAUUUUAACACAUAAAGAUGAAAAUGAUAAAGUUACAACUGAAUUGAGAAAAUAAGUUGAAAUGCUUAAAGAACUUUAAAUAAAUUAAGAAUAGAAAAUUAAUACACAAUAAUAUGAAUAUAAUAAAAUACUUUAAUAAAUGAAAGAUGGAGAUUCAAGAUAUAAAAAAGAAUAAUAACGUUAAAAUGAAUUAUUAUAAGAGAUUUAAGAUUUAUAAUUUUAAAAUCAAGAGAAUUAAAAAACUAUUCAAAAUUAUAAUUAAUUAAUCAAAGAAAUAUAUACAAAUGCAUCAACAUUUUUAGGAUUAGAAAUAAAGACUUAAUAACAUUAAUAAAUGUUAUAAUUCUCUCUAGAAUAUUUAUUAGUAUUAAUUAGAUCUAAUUAAGAAUAAAAAUUAGAAUUUAAUGAAGUUUAAAAUAUGUAUGAAACUCAAAAUUUAGAUUUAAAAAAUAAAUUAAAUAAAUAAUGUUAAAUAAAUUUAUCAUAAGAUAAACUUAUAGCAACAUUAGAAAAAAGGAUUUCAGAAUUAUAAUUGAAUAUCUUAAAAAAUAGUAUUUAAGGAUCUUAAGAAUCAUAAAAGAAAUUUAAUUAAAAGUAAGUAUCUUACUCAAUUCAUAAAUUAGAAGAUCUACAAGUUUUUCCAAGUAUUUUAGAAUAAUCAGAUCUAAUAUAAUAAUUAAGUGAAAAUUAAAAAUCAAAUGAUUUAUAGAAUGAUAAGAUAGAAUAAAUUAAUAAUUUAUUAUAAGAUUAAAUUAAUAAAGAAGAUAAAUAUACAUAAACAGAUGAUUAAAUUUUAAUUACAACAAAAACAGAAGAAUAAUUAGAUGAAUAAUCAUCACAAUCUUAGGAAGAAAAUAAUAAUAAUGAAUUAAGUAAUCAAGAAUAAAAAGAGAAUCCAGAUUCAAUGCCUGAAUUAAUAGUAGAAUAAUAAGUAACUUAAUAACCAGUAUAAUAAAGAAGAAAAACUUAUAAUUUCUUUGCUCCUCAACCAAUUCCUUUAUUGAUGGGUAUUAAAGAAGAUGAUUCUGAAUAAAAUGAUAUCAAAAAUUAAAUAUAAGUAUAAUCUAUGAAUUCCGAAUAAAUAAAUGAUAUGUAAUCUAUUAACAAUGUUAUUUAAAGUUUAAAAUUAAUAGAGGAUAAUAAUUAAUAAUAAAUUGAUGAAAAUUAAGAAUAAAUUAUAUAAUAAUAAUAAGAAACUAUAAAUAAUAUUGAAGUCAAUUAAUCAAAUUAAUAAAUUAUUGAAAAUAAACAAGAAGAAUAUAAUUAAAAUAAUUUGCAGAAUUCUAACUCUGAAUUUCCAUAAUUAGAUUAAAAUGGAAUAACUUUAAAAGAAUAUAUUGAUUAAUAGGCACAAUAAGAAACAUCAAUUUUUAUGAAUAAAGGGGACAUCAAUUAAGAAUUAAUUUUGUAAUAAUAAUAAAAUGAUUAUUCUUAUUAAAAAGCUAGAAAAUUAAAAUUAAAUUAAAUAAUAUAAGCUAAGAGACUUUCAUAAAAGAAAUAACAUUCUAAGAAAUUUAAGUUGAAAUUAGAUACAGACUUAACUGAACAUAAUCAUAUUAAUCAAACACCUGAAACUGUAGCAGAUACUACUUAUACAAAAGCUAGUAGAAGUACUCAUAUUCAAACAGAAUGGUCUCUUAAAAUAACUCCUUAUACUACUUAAUAAUUUUAAUUAGAAAAUGAAUAAUAGGGAUUAUAGAUUAAUUAAGAAUAAAUUAAGGAAAAUUAAGAAUAUAUAUAAUUAUAGAAAAAUUAUGCAAAAUUAUAAAAUAAUUUGAUAGAAAUAGAGUAAGAAAAUCUUAGAAUGAAUUUAAUAAUAGAAUAUUAUCAAAAAAAUUAACCUAUAUAAAAAAUAACUCAGGAUGCAAGUUGUUUUGGUAAUUUGGAUGAUGAUAUCUAUGAAAAAUGUGAUUAAUUAGAUCAUUAAGUUAAAUUUUAAUAAAUGUAAAUUGAAUAAUUAAAUGAAAUUAAAGUAGAACUUGAAAAAAAAGAAAAAGAAAUUGAAAAUCUUUAAGAUUUAAUAUCAAACUAAAGUGAUUAAUUAAUGUAAUAAAAAUACUAAAAUUUAUAAUUAAAAGAUGAAUUAUUAUAAUAAUAAGAAUAAAUCAAAGCAACAAAUAAAUAAAAUGAAUUGAUGAUUUAAUUGAAUAAUGCUUCUAAAGAAAAAGAAGAUAAUGUAAAAAUUAAAUUACACUCAAAUUCUAUUGUAGUUAGGAAAGAAAUUAAAGAAAAACCAAAACCUUAAACACCAACUAAAUCAGAUUAAUUGGAUGAAUUAAAAUAGAAAAUCUUUUAAUAAGAAAAGAUUAUUAGAAAUUUGAAUUAAUAAAUUGCAAAAAAAGAUGAAUUAUUAACAUCAAAAUAAUAUCAUUAAGAAAAUAUGGCUUAAUUAUCAUAAUUAUAAAAUGCUAAUGUUGAAGUUUAAGAUUUAAGAAAAUAAUUAGAAUAAAAAAAAGAAUAACUUGCAAAAUGUUAUACUCUUAUACAAUAUUUAGAAGUAGAAUUAGAAAAUUAUAAAUCAACUUGUAAUCUAUUUAAUAAACCAAAAUAAUAAAAUACUGAGAGAGUUAUUAGAAGUGUUUAAGUUACUAUUCCAACUAUUCCUUAAAAUAUAUAGAAAAAACUACCUUAUUUAUAAUCAGAUGAAUAAUAUUCUACAAUAAGUAAAAGUUCAUACAAAAAGAGGUAUUCUUAUCCUAAUUAUAAUAAUUAGAAAUCAUUCUCUAUAUACAAAUCCAUUUGAUAACUAUGACGUACUUAGAAACGCAGCAAAGUUUGUAAAAUAGUUAAAUAAUAAUUCUAUAUAAUUAUAAAAUGAUUGAUAAAUUUCUUGAAUAAGCUUAUUAAGGAGAGUUGCUUAAUGAAAAUGCUAUCAAGUUUAUUUGUUUAACUUUGAAAGAGAUUUUUUCUAAAGAACCAAAUGUAAAAAAAAUCCCAACUCCUGUCACAAUAGUUGGAGAUGUUCAUGGGUAAUUGAAAUUUUAUAUUUAGUUAAUUAUAUGAUGUUUAAGAGCUUUUUAAAGUUGGAGGAAAACCUCCUUUUACUAAUUAUUUAUUUUUAGGUGAUUAUGUAGAUAGGGGAGCUCAUAGUGUAGAAGUAAUUUCAUUACUUUCCCUCCUUAAAGUAAAAUUCCCAAAUAGAGUCACAUUAAUUAGAGGAAAUCAUGAAACCAGAGGUAUUACUUAAAAUUAUGGAUUUUAUAUGGAAUGCCAAUAGAAAUAUGGGAAUACUUAAGCAUGGGAAUAUUUUACAGAUAUGUUUGAUUACAUUCCUAUUGCUUGUAUAGUUGGUACAAAUCUAUUAUGUGUGCAUGGAGGACUAUCUCCUUGUAUAGAGAGUGUGGAUGAAAUAGAACAUUUGAAUAGAUUUUAAGAGAUUCCUCAUGAAGGAGCAUUUACAGAUAUUAUGUGGUCUGAUCCUGAUGAUGAGGAUACUCCAGGUUUUAAAAUAUCUCCAAGAGGAGCAGGUUUUGUAUUUGGAGGUUAAGUUCUUAAGGAAUUUCUACAUUUCAAUAAUAUGACACAUUUGAUUAGAGCUCAUUAAUUAUGCAAUGAAGGAUUUAAUUUAAAAUUUGAAGAUAGAUGUAUUACUGUUUGGAGUGCUCCUAAUUAUUUAUAUAGAAAUGGUAAUCUUGCUUCUAUUCUUGAAAUUGAUGAAUAAGAUAAUAGAUAUUUUAAUAUAUUUAGUGAGAGUCCUGAAAACAUGAAAAAAGAUUUAGGAACUAAAAGCAUGAUGCUUGGUGCUGAUAAAAAUUAUUUUAUAUGA